AGUCUUCAGUUGACUCUGUGGUUGAUGACACUGUCACUGAGCAUAGUCCAUAAGCUUGCAGGUAGACAGUGUGGGGAUGCUGAGGAACUGGUGGAAGAGUACUCAAAGGAAUUGUCUACAGAGGAACUUUAGCAACUUCUGGCUGAGCAACAGAGAAUGACAGCUGUGGAGCUCUCUGAAGAGGAAGAAGAUUAUCAAUAACUGAUGCAGCAAAGUUCUUCUGAAAAAGAGGAAAUCUUCAAUAAAUGGGCAGAGUUACAAGCAUUUAUAGAGAAGACCUGCCCAGACAGAGAAUAAGGCAAUCAUUGCCUUCCUUGCUUAAUGAGGAUGUUGUGUCAUACUACACAACAGUGAUAAACGAAACACAGAAACAGACAACCCUAGACUAGUUUGUAGUUCUGAAAAGGCUGAGAACUAGUGAGCCAGAAGUAGGUCCUAGUGGGCUACAGACUCUUCUCAGGAGAAAAAGGACACCAGAGAGCCAGAUUCCUGAUGUUCCUAUGGAAGGAAAAAUAACCACCUUCCACUUGAUCCUCCCUUCUUGCAAGCCAAAGAUGUCAACUUAAAUGCUAGCAGGACGUACGCUCAGAUCUCAGAAAGGGUUUUGGAGCCCAGGCAGCAGAACGGAACAUGGAGCUGACACAUCCAGCCGCCCUCAGACUCCAGGGCUACAACAACACCGGCUUCCAGGAUGAGAAUCUUGAAAACCAGAAUAUGUCAGGAAACAACUUGGUAAGGAGUAGAGUUGUGCAAAACGGAGAGCAAGGAACCCCUAAACAGGGGGAAGAGCACAUCACCAUUGAGCAGGAUUCCCUAGGAAACAAAGAUGAAGAUGAGGAUGACCAAGACACACUCCCGAAAGGAUGUUUGGAAAGGAAAUAUAAUAAAAUUCGUGACUUUUGUACAAAACACAAAGUCAUUCUUCGAUAUAUCAUCUGGGGCAUUUUAUUAGUUGGUUAUCUGGCCAUGGUGAUCGCAGCCUGUGUGCUGAACUUUCGCAGAGCCCUUCCUCUCUUCGUGAUCACUGUGGCUGCCAUCUUCUUUGUCAUCUGGGAUCACUUGAUGGCUAAAUAUGAAAGUCGAAUUGAUGAGAUCCUGUCUCCAGGCAGACGGCUUCUGGACAGUCAUUGGUUCUGGAUAAAAUGGGUCAUGUGGAGCUUGUUGAUCCUGGGCAUUAUUUUCUGGCUGAUCCUCGACACCGCCAAGUUGGGACAGCAGCAACUAGUGUCCUUCGGUGGGCUCGUGAUGUAUAUUCUCCUGUUAUUUCUGUUUUCCAAGCAUCCAACCAGAGUUUACUGGAGACCUGUCUGCUGGGGAAUUGGGUUACAGUUUCUUCUUGGUCUCCUAAUCCUAAGGACUAAGCCUGGAUUUAUUGCUUUUGAUUGGCUGGGCAGACAAGUUCAGACUUUCCUGGGGUACACUGAUGCUGGUGCUGUCUUUGUCUUUGGUGAGAAAUACACAGACCACUUCUUUGCAUUUAAGAUCCUGCCCAUUGUGGUUUUCUUCAGCACUGUGAUGUCCAUGCUGUACUUCCUGGGAUUAAUGCAGUGGCUCAUUAGAAAGGUUGGAUGGACAAUGCUUGUUACUAUGGGGUCAUCUCCUAUUGAGUCUGUAGUUGCUGCUGGCAAUAUAUUUGUUGGACAAACAGAGUCUCCUCUGCUGGUCCAGCCAUAUUUACCAUAUGUCACCCGAUCAGAACUCCACGCCAUUAUGACAGCUGGCUUCGCUACAAUUGCUGGAAGUGUCCUGGGCGCGUACAUCUCUUUUGGGGUGUCAUCCACCCACCUGUUAACAGCAUCAGUCAUGUCAGCACCUGCAUCCCUGGCUGUUGCUAAACUCUUCUGGCCUGAGACAGAGAAACCUAAAGUAACUCUUAAGAGUGCCAUGAAGAUGAAAAAUGGCGAUUCAAGGAAUCUCCUAGAAGCUGCAACACAGGGAGCCUCCUCCUCAAUCCCUCUGGUGGCGAGCAUCGCUGCGAAUCUCAUCGCCUUCCUGGCCCUGUUGUCCUUUGUGAAUUCAGCGCUGUCCUGGCUCGGAAACAUGUUUGACUACCCACAGCUCAGUUUUGAGCUGAUAUGCUCCUACAUCUUCAUGCCCUUUUCCUUCAUGAUGGGAGUGGACUGGCAAGAUAGCUUCAUGGUUGCCAAGCUGAUAGGUUAUAAGACUUUCUUCAAUGAAUUUGUGGCUUAUGAACACCUUUCCAAACUGAUCAGUUUGAGGAAAGAGGCUGGACCCAAAUUUGUGAAUGGGGUGCAGCAGUAUAUGUCGAUUCGUUCUGAGACAAUCGCCACUUAUGCCCUCUGUGGUUUCGCCAAUUUUGGAUCCCUAGGAAUAGUGAUCGGUGGACUCACAUCCAUGGCUCCUUCCAGAAAGAGUGACAUCGCCUCCGGGGCCAUCCGAGCUCUGAUCUCAGGGACCGUAGCCUGCUUUAUGACAGCGUGCGUCGCAGGCUUACUCUCCAGCACCCCCAUAGAUAUCAACUGCCAUCACAUCCUAGAGGAUGCCUUCAACUCCACGUUACCUAGCAACGCAACCGGAGUGGUAUCUUGUUGCCAAAGCCUACUGCAUAGCACUGUGAUCCAAGGGCCUGGCCAGGUCAUCCCAGGAGGAAACUCCAGCCUGCACUCCUUAAAGGGCUGCUGCAAAGUGUUGAUUCCACCUCCACUCAACUGCAGCUCGAUCCUGAAUGCCUUCUGAGUGCAGCCAUUUUUCCAGUGGAAUGCAGGCUGCAGAUACUGAAUUUUCUGCUUCUGGGAAAAGAAAAGCUAUCGUCCACAGAUUGGUAGCCUCUGUCAUGGAAUCAGCAUGAAUUGUGAGGAAAGGAGAAAAAAAAAAAAGAGUGAACUCUUCAGAGCUAUAAUCUCUCUCACCUCCCUUUCCCUCCAACUCACUCUCUUCCUACUGAGAACUACUAAAAUGUCCCAAACUGAGACCUCAUCUCCAGUCCCAGCAGUGCUUUCUGAUCUUAGAUUUUAAAGACAUUUCAUGAGAAAUGUUGCACAAGUAUAAAUGUUGCCUUCCAACCGCCAGGCUAUAAUUCAGCCGUACACACUAGUAUCUGAAUGAUUAUCUAAGAAGUCCAGAAUGACUUCUUUUUUGUUGUUGUUUUUCUUUCUUUUUGUUUUGUUUUGUUUCAGAAUGACUUGUUUUAAACACAUCUCAUGUAAGGUCACUCUGCAUUUACUCUAGCUUACCUUAAAUACCUUGAACUUGAGUCUUAUACAAAGGAAGGAUAAUCAGCAGUCUUUUACUCCUUGGUCAUCCUCCAGAAGCCCUGCAUAAAUCAGGAGUCUUCAGAAAAGCAUGGAGGUCCUAUCGAAACCAGAAUUCAAGCCCUUGAAGUUUAGAGAGUGGUGUCUGUCAGUUUAAGCCAAGUGUUGUUACAGUAACAAACAAUCCAACAGCCUAAGCUGCUUUUUAAGUUUAUCUUUCACCCAUAUUACGUAUUCAGAAUGGUUGACUGGCUGUAAUCCCUAUGGUAUUCUCGGUUGCAGCACCCCUGCUAAAGGAGCAGCCUCUGUGUGAGGCCUGUUGGUCUUAGAGAGGGAAAAGGAAAUUGGAGGCAACAUGAUGGCCCUUAAAACUUGUGCCGGGAAAUGACACCCUUCACUUCCACUCCAGAGCAGGUCCUAUGACAAUGUAAUAUCAGUGACCACAUCUGAAUUGUCCUGUCAUAAGGAAGGAUGUUUUACAGAUCAUUAUUUAUAAUUUUAGAUUUAUUCUUUUCUUCUCCUUAUUUAUUGUAUGUGUAUGUGCAAUUUGACAUAAAUGUUUUACAUACCUUC